GCACCCAGCUCCGAGCACCCACCGCCUGCCCCCGGGGGAGGGUCCAGGCCGGCCCCCCCGCGCCCCCCGCGCCUGCGCGGUCACGGGUGGGCCCGGCGCUAUGAAAGCGGCGGCGGCCGGUCCCGCCCCAGAGCCGCUGCCCCGCCGCGUCGCUCCGCACCGGCGGCCGCCCCGGAGCCGCUGCCCUCACCAUGAUGAAGUGAGGAGAUUGCAGCUGCUGUCACAACCUGCUGGCACUUUCGAUUCCCGUUUCAGGCGGAGUUCUGCCCCCGGCGCGCCGCACCCUUGCUAUCUAGUAGCCACAGAACAGAGGCUUCUCGAAGAAGAGUCACACGUUUCUGCCUAAAAUAUUUAGAAAAAUGUCUACUCAAUCAGCGAAAGAAAGACCUGAAAGCUUGCAGUUCCCUUUCCUUGAUGAUGAAGAGACCAUCUCCACAGUCAAAGAAUCUAAAACCUUUUUUAUUUUAAGAGGCCUGCCUGGCAGUGGGAAGUCCACUCUUGCCCAGGCUAUUCAAGAUAGGUAUAAAGAUGCCUGCAAGGUCAUCUCUGUUGAUAGCUAUAAAAUUACACCUUCAGUAAGAAGCACCAUUCCCGACGAGUAUUCAAAGGUGGAUGAGGAUCUAGUUGACUAUUGCAAACGAGACAUCAGCGUUAUCGUUUUGGACGACACUCACCAUGAGAGGGAACGGCUGGACCAACUCUUUGAUAUCGCUGACAAAUACCGGUACAAAGUCAUCUUUGCUGAGCCCAAAACCCAGUGGCGAAUGGAUUGCUCGCUGCUGAAGGAAAAGAACCAGUGGAAACUGUCAGUGGAAGAGCUGAAGAAGAUGAAGCCGAGCUUGGAGAAGGAAUUCCUACCCAUGUAUUUUGGGUGGUUUUUGAGCAAAAGAAGUUCAGAGGUCCUGAGGAAGGCUGGCCAGGCCUUCUUAGAUGAGCUUGGAAGUCUCAAAGCCUUCAAAAAGGAGAGUAAAUUCUUUGCUUCUGCUAUUGAAGAUCCCAAAAUAAAAAUAGAUCUCACCAGCUACUUCGUGAAGAGGCCGCCUGGGGUCUUGCACUGCACCACAAAAUACACCGAUUUUGGGAAAGCGGCUGGAGCCGAGGAAUACGCCCAGCAAGAAGCUGUGAGGGCUUCCUACGGCAAAGGCUUCACCUUGUCCAUUGCCGCUCUGUUCGUCACAACAAAAACUGUCGGGGCUCGCGUGGAGCUGAGCGAGCAGCAGCUGCUGCUGUGGCCCGGGGACGCCGACAAGAUCCUGCCCACCGACAACCUCCCGAAAGGCAGCCGGGCUCACGUCACCCUCGGCUGCGCCAACAGCGUCGAAGCAGUCCAGACCGGGCUCGAUCUGCUGGAGUUUGUGAAACUGGAAAAGGCGGGGAACAAAGGGGAUGAAGUGGGGGAAAUUGGAGGAGGGAAACUGCUGUAUUUUGAUAACGGUAUGUGGAUGCUCGUCCUUUCUAAAAAGAUCGAGGUGAAGGCAAUAUUCUCAGGCUACUACGGAAAAGGAAAACUUGUGCCAACGCAGAGCACCAACAAACGGGGCUCGGCGUUUAGUUCCUGCACCAUCAUCUAGGAGCGUGGGCCGGGUAGCUGGCUGGUUUGUUUUUAAAAGGCAAGUAACUCCUGUAACCUUUAAAAGUGUAAAGAGAAAUAAUUCUACCUUUACUAAAGUAAGCCCUUUUGCCAACCCCUGUGCGAAGCCUCUCUGGGGAGAGAGUUUAUUGGCCUCAGGCCAAGGAAGAAAACAAGCAACUCUUGACUGACGAAGGAAAACUGUCACGUAACUGGUGUCAGUAGCUGAAGGGCUGCCGGGUGUAUUUUAGUGGAAGAGUUUUGGGAGACCUGUCUGUGCUGUUCUGCUUGUUUUCUUCCUGGGAGGACGAUCAGCUGUGGUCUUGUGUAGCGCCCCCAGCAGCCGCAAUCGUUAGAGCUGUCGCUGUCGGCCCCGCCGGCGGCUGCAGACCGAAGCCAAGGGACGGGGCGAGGACUCUCCCCUCCCCGCCAGCCCAGGGACCGGCGCCAGCAGCCGAACCGGGCGAAGGCAGCGGGGGGCUGCUGCUCCCCGAGCCCGUGAGGACUCGCCGGGGGCCGCGGGGCACCCCCAGCCCCGCUUCACCCCCGUGGGCGUGGGGGCGCUCCCUGCGGGGGCGGGCGGGCAGCGGGAAGGGAAGAGCAGGAGAGGGGCCGGGCUCCUGGAGGGAUCAGUCCUGCCCUGGCAGGGAGUGGAAGAGAUCAACUAAUGUCUUUUCCAUCUUAUUUUAUAGAAACUAAAAUCAUGUCUGAAGUAUAGACCUGUACUUCAUGCAAGAUUUUACUACUUUUCUCUAAUGCACUUGAAUGUUAAAAGUUAGCAUGGCAGUAACCGUGUAAUGUAGGAAGUAAGCGGAGGUACCGUAACUGCGUAACUCAAGUCUGCUCAAACCUAAACCCUGGGCUGGGAAACCCGCUAAUGACCAAGCACUCCUGUUAUUAAGUGUUGUAUUGAAACUCAUGUUUUUGCUCUCUGCCCGACCCUUGGCCCGUUGGUCAGGGGCGUGUGUCACUACUUGACAGUAACACAAAGCUCAACUAACAGAUUCCGGUCAGGACAACAGUCUGAACUCCUGCUGUGGCUGCGGGGCUGGCGAGCUGCGCGGCGACCUUAACCCCGUCCUAACACUUGUCAACCCCCAGCGCGUGGGGGGAGUGGGGCCCAGCGCCGCCCGCGCGUCUCGGGGCGCCGAGGACAGAAGCCGGGGGGGCUCGGGGGCCGGGGGGCUCAGGGGCCGGGCGAGUUUACCAAUAAAGCGAGCUAGUUCCUGUUGUUUUAAAAAAGAUGGAUGAUAAUAAACUCUCAUUGGAGCAUAAAAGAAAGGCUGCACGCACCCACCUGUAAUCCUCCUCUGUGAUCAACAGAGAAACCCGAGCUCAGCUUGGGCCUUUCCUAACAGAAACCUCCCGUUUAAAGUUCCAUCAGAACUUUAAAUCCGCCCUCAGCGCCGGCCCAGGACGGCGCAGGAGGAGGCUCCCCCCGCUCCCCCCCGGCCCUGGCACGAGCCGCGGCACAGCUGGAGUAUCUCGUUUAUGUGCCUGUUCAAGAACAACAGUGAGACCGUCGUCAUUUAAGUUUUUAUUAGUUUGUACAUCAUAUACAGUUUAUAAUAAAGUAAACCAAUUGCA